GGCUCCUUAAAGAAACGCUGCUGUCGCUCGCCUGCUCGCUCCUCGCUCGGCAUUGUGGCCAGCCAGCCGGGCACUCGGGGGGUACGCGCGGCCGCCGCUCGAGCUUUGCCCCCACCCCACCCGCCGGCAGAUCUGGGGUGGGGACCCAGGCGGGGGCUCCUGCAGCCACUGCCCGGCGCGGACCGCACCGAGCGCCCCACUCCUCCCGGCGCCGAGAAAGGAGCAACGGAGCCCUCUGCAGCCGGCCGGCCUCCCCGCCCCUGACCACUCGCUUCCCGGCUGCCUUUGUGGCCGCAGCUUCUCGCCGCCGAGCCGAGGGCCGGCGGGGGCGCGGCGCGCACGGCCGAGCGAUGCCCAGCUCCCUGUUUGCAGAGCUGGAGCGCAACGGCAGCGGCGGCGGAGGGGGAGGCGGCGGCGGCGGCGGCGGCGGUGGCGGCGGCGGCGGCGGCGGCGGCGGGGGAGAGACCCUGGAUGACCAAAGAGCCCUGCAGCUCGCGCUCGAUCAGCUCUCCCUGCUGGGGCUGGACAGUGACGAGGGCGCCUCUCUGUACGACAGUGAGCCGCGCAAGAAGAGCGUGAACAUGACCGAGUGCGUGCCGGUGCCCAGUUCCGAGCACGUCGCCGAGAUCGUGGGGCGGCAAGGUUGUAAAAUCAAAGCGCUGCGGGCGAAGACCAAUACUUACAUCAAGACCCCGGUUCGCGGGGAGGAGCCUGUCUUUGUUGUGACGGGCAGGAAGGAGGAUGUGGCCAUGGCUCGGAGGGAGAUCAUCUCUGCCGCGGAGCACUUCUCCAUGAUCCGCGCCUCGCGGAAUAAGAACACGGCGCUCAACGGCGCAGUGCCCGGGCCGCCCAACCUGCCUGGACAGACCACCAUCCAGGUGCGGGUGCCCUAUCGCGUGGUGGGGCUCGUGGUGGGGCCCAAGGGCGCCACGAUCAAGCGCAUCCAGCAGCAGACGCACACGUACAUCGUGACGCCCAGCCGAGACAAGGAGCCGGUGUUCGAGGUGACCGGCAUGCCUGAGAACGUGGACCGAGCUCGCGAGGAGAUCGAGGCGCACAUCGCCCUGCGCACGGGCGGUAUCAUUGAGCUCACGGAUGAGAACGACUUCCACGCCAACGGCACGGAUGUGGGCUUUGAUCUGCAUCACGGGUCCGGCGGGUCCGGCCCGGGCAGCCUCUGGAGCAAGCCCACCCCCAGCAUCACGCCCACCCCCGGCCGCAAGCCCUUCUCUAGCUACCGCAACGACAGCUCCAGCUCGCUCGGCAGCGCCUCCACAGACUCUUACUUCGGCGGGGGGACCGGCGGCAGCACAGCCGCCACCCCGCGCCUAGCGGACUACAGCCCCCCCAGCCCCGCGCUCAGCUUCGCCCACAACGGGAACAACAACAACGGCAAUGGAUACACCUACGCGGCGGGGGAAGCUUCCGUGCCUUCCCCCGACGGCUGUCCCGAGCUACCGCCCACCUUCGACCCGGCCCCCGCCCCCCCGCCUGGGGCGCCCCUGCUCUGGGCUCAGUUCGAGCGGUCCCCGGGGGGCGGACCUGCGGCGCCCGUCUCCUCUUCCUGCUCUUCCUCCGCGUCUUCUUCCGCUUCGUCCUCCUCGGUGGUCUUUCCCGGGGGCGGCGCCAGCGCGCCCUCCAAUGCCAACCUGGGGCUGCUGGUGCACCGCCGGCUGCACCCGGGCACCAGCUGCCCGCGCCUCUCCCCGCCCUUGCACAUGGCGCCGGGGACGGGCGAGCACCACCUGGCGCGCCGGGUGCGCAGCGACCCGGGCGGAGGGGGCCUGACCUACGCCGCCUAUGCCAACGGGCUGGGGGCGCAGCUGCCGGGCCUGCAGCCGUCGGACACCUCCGGCUCGUCGUCGUCGUCCAGCUCCUCCUCCAGCUCCUCCUCCUCGUCGUCGGGGCUGCGGCGGAAGGGCAGCCGCGACUGCUCCGUGUGCUUCGAGAGCGAGGUGAUCGCCGCGCUCGUGCCCUGCGGCCACAACCUCUUCUGCAUGGAGUGCGCCAACCGCAUCUGCGAGAAGAGCGAGCCCGAGUGCCCGGUCUGCCACACCGCGGUCACUCAGGCCAUCCGCAUCUUCUCCUGAAGGCGGCGCGCGCCUGCGCGCACCCCGCGGGGAGGGG